AUCUUAAUCUCUCCGCCCCUUCACUCUCUCUGUCUCCCUUCAGAAAUCUGAAGUACAGAAGAUGAAAAGGCUGAUCCGGCGGCUGUCCCGAGUGGCCGACUCCUCCGAGUACUGCCUCCUCCGCUCCGAGCCCAAGGCCGCGAGGCGCCCGCCGCGCAGGGCGGAGGACUCCUUCAGGGUGGCCGCCGCCAGGAUGCGGCGGUCGGGGACGGGGGCGGCGGCGGUGCCGCAGGGGCACGUGCCGGUGUACGUAGGGGAGGAGAUGGAGAGGUUCGUGGUGAGCGCGGAGAUGCUGAACCACCCGGUGUUCAUCGGGCUGCUCAACAGAUCGGCGCAGGAGUACGGGUACGAGCAGAAGGGCGCCCUCCGCAUCCCCUGCCACGUCGUCGUGUUCGAGCGCGUCCUCGAGUCUCUCCUCCUCGGCCACGACUCCCUGGAUCUGCUCAGCGCUCUCUCCCUCGACGAUCCUUGCUUUUGACCCUUUUGUUCCUUUUGUGGAGGAUAGACCGAUGUAGGAACAGAGGAGAGAUCUGGUCAUGCAUAUACAGAUCUCGUUUUUUCCCUUCUUGUUUUUUUUUUUUCGGGGGGCUGGGGUGGGGUGGUGUGUGUUGGUUCCUCGUAUGUACACAAACCUGCAAUGUUAAAGGCAAAUCUAGAGUAGUCUGAUGAACGAGCAUUUGGAAACUCUCUCGUUUCCCUCAAUUU